AUUUCAGUUUGGUUUGACGUAAGAAGAAAAGUAAACGUGUUUAGGAAAUAACGAUCGAUUCCAAACCGACCGCGCAUCAAGCGAGCGAUUUACCACUGGGCUACUAGAUUGUAAUCACGCGAGAGCUAAAUAUAUUGAGUUCAGUAGGCUUACAUUUACCCAGCGUUGGGCUAUUUCUGGUUGGGUUUUCCAAGUUUCGUAUCGAUAUUUCUUCUCUAUCUUGAAAUGUAUAGUAUACAAAUGUUGCGGGUGAAACAAAUCUAUUUAUAUUGGUAACUCAUCGUAAACAUCAAUACAUCUGGAGUACUCUACGUCUAAUAAGAAGUUUUCAGCUGUAGUACAAGAUGGCGACAGGUCUACGAGUAAUGCGAGGACGCGAUUGGCUGUCGGGUAACGCUGACGGGGGUGAAGGUCACCUCGGAACGGUGGUGUCAUAUUGGGAAGAUGAAACAGCUGAAGUGAUCUGGGACAAUGGAAAACAAACUGUGUCGAACAUUGGGAAGGAUAGCAAAUACGAGCUGAGGGUUGUAGACACUGCUCCUGUAGGAAUUCGCCAUCAGAAUAUCACCUGUUGUAGCUGUGAAGAGGUUAAUAUGAUUGGCAUGCGAUGGUCAUGUGAGAAAUGUAGCGGUUACGAUUUGUGCUCUUUGUGCUACUUCACGGGAAAGCAUGACCUCUCUCAUGAGUUCAAGCGUCGAGACACGGGCCAAUCUACGGGAGAUCGCGUGCCUGCACGGGAUACCUCGAAGAAGAUUCGAACUAGAGGACUGUUUCCUGGCGCCGUCGUUACGCGUGGCACUCAUUGGGAUCAGGGGCACAAAGAUGGUGGUCCAGGCAAAGAAGGGACUGUAGUUGUUGUGCUCAGCUUUGAUUCUACAACACACAAAUCGGCUGUGAGUGUAGCGUGGGAAUCAGGGGAGACAACCACGUGCCGUGUGGGUCACCAAGGUCAGGUGGACGUCCAGUGUGUCCGUGAAGCUCUUGGACCAGAUAUCUACGCUGAACAUCUGCCACUUUUAGAUCUUGCUGGUGCCAGAGCUGCACUACCCGUGACGUCUCAAGCAGAGGGUGGUAGUCCUCAAGGAGCCCGAGUGCCUAAACUAAAGAUGGGCGCCAUAGUGAGGAUUCUUGAUGACAAGGACAAGGUCAAAGAAUUGCAGGACGGUCACGGGGAAUGGAUAGACCCUAUGGAAAAGGCCCUUGGUAAGGUGGGCAAGGUGGUGGUGUUACAUGCUAAUGGUGAUGUAAACGUCAAGUUUGGGAGUCAGGUGUGGAUUUUCAAUCCGGCAUGCUGUGUGCCUAUCACCAAGUGCGAGCAGCUGUACGAAUCGUCAGAUGUGGAGGACUCAGAACCUCUCGACCUGUUGAAAAUCUUGGGAAAAACGCUAGAACAGCAGAUUCAACUGCUAGGACGUCUUGGGUCAGACGAAGAAGGGGGCCGUAUGUCACUGAAAGGAGAGGGGUCAACAGAAUUUUUAGAGGCAAUUAAGGAUUCAGAUGUGGAGAGAGUUAAGAAGGUUUUAGAGAGAUUUCCAAAACUAGUAACUGUGCGACCAGACAAUGGCAUCACAUGUCUGCACAUUGCAGCCAAAUAUGGAAAACUGGAAAUUGUCAAGUUUCUGGUGGAAAAAUGGUUUGACGUGAACGCUAAAGACCUGUCUGGAAACACAGCUCUUCUAAAAGCUUUGACAAAGAAACACGUAGACGUGUCACGCUUUCUAAUUGAAACUGGUACUGAUCUAGAGAUCAGCAACGACAAGGGCCAAAGCGCUUUGCACUGUGCUGUUUAUGCCGCAAACGCGUCACUUGUUCGUGAUCUGAUGAUACGAGGUUGUGACGUCAACGUUGUGGACAAUUCUGGCGACACUCCUCUCCAUGAUGCUAUAGGGCAAAACGAGAACACUUGUGCAGAAAUGAUUCUGAUGUCACCAAACCUCGACUUAACUAUUGCCAAUGAAAGAGGAUUUAACCCACUACAGUGGGCUGCGUUUCACGGCAAAUUUGGUGGCACAUUGGUUGAGAAAACCAUACUAAGAAACAAGAGUCUUAUUGACGUAAAACUGGAAGAUGGGUCCACACCUCUUCAUAUUGCAGCAAUAAACGACCACAAAGAAGCAACAGAAAUACUUAUCAAACAGGGAGCAGACGUGAAUAUCAAAGACAAGAACGAAGCUACUCCGUUGCAUCUUGCAUGCGAUCGCGGCUUUGUGGGUGCAACUAAAAUUCUAGUUAAUGCAGGAGCUGAUGUUAACAUGGUCGACGUUAACAAAAACACGCCUCUGCACGUGUUGAUGGGGACCUCAGAGAGCUCAGAAGGAGAUCCGAAGUUACUGAAACAUGGCUCUGGUACUCAGAGACGUAUUAAACUGGCCAUAUUCCUGUUGGAGCAUGGAGCAGACGUCAACGCCAGAAACAAAGACGACAAAACGCCAGUCGAUAUUUGUACUGUCAAGACGUUGAAAAAAGCUGUUGAACAUUUCAAGACAGAAAGUAGUAAACCUGCGUCUACAUUAGUCAGCGCUCUGCUGUGUUCCCAGUGCUUCUCACGCACCGCUGACGUCACGUUGUUGCCAUGUAACCACAAGUUCACGUGCAGAGAAUGUCAUAAGAUGGUGUCCGUUUGUCCAAUUUGUGGAGGAGAGGUCGCAAAAGCUUUUGAUGCGGGUAAUACUCAUCUUAAAUGUAUACAUCUGCAAUUUUACCUAGAUUAUAUGUGGAAGCCAUGUAGGUCAUGUCCAUAAGAUGACCUACUUAGCAGUAGUGUUAUAUGAGCAUAAGGUGGCUUAAGCUAUUCUUUACAAGAGGAUUACAUACAGACAUUUUAAAAAAUAAACUACAAAAAUAUAGAAAUCUUGUUUUAAUGCUAAUUCUUUAUUUGUUUAUAACUUCAUUGUAUUUACUUAUAUGGAAUACACGUUAUACUUUUAGUUUCAAACUAUGUUUUAAUAUUUCUUUAGUGAGAGUAAUACGUCGAUUCGUAUGUGGUUUCUAAACUUUAUAUAAUUCAGGACCUCAAAAGAUCUAAGUCAGAUAGGAACGUUUGUUCAUGAUAUUUUUGUUCUGCUGUAUUUCUAUAGUGGGGUCUCGCCCUGGUGAAUUAUUCACAUGGUACAGAAUAUUAUAAAUUUAAUAUGUUAUUUUUACAUAAUAUUAGAACAUCAUUCUUUCA